AUGAGAGAAAUUGUUCACCUGCAAAUAGGUUGCUGUGGAAAUACCAUUGGAUCUAAAUUUUGAAAAAGUCUCUUCUAUGAUCAUGGGAUAGAUAGCACCACUUGCCAGUAUAACGGUUGUUUUGAUUAUCAGCUUAAGAGAAUUGAUACUUAUUUUAACGAAAUAUUGGGAGGGAGAUAUACUCCGAGAGCUAUUUUUGCCGAUCUCCAGCAAGAGGUAAUUGAUAAGUAUAGAACAAACGAAUAUUUUGCUCACUUGGAGCCCGAUAAUUUUCUAUCAGAAAAUAAAGCGUCAAAUGAUAACUAUGCGCAGAAAUAUGAGCACUAUGAAUUUAAAGACCAUGUCAUGGACAUCGUCAGAAAAGAAGCUGAAAACAGUGAAUCAUUACAAGGAUUUCAGAUUUUUCACGCCGCAAGUGGGGCUGCUGGAUCAGGACUAACUUCUCUUCUUCUAGAAAAUAUCAAGGAUGAAUACUCUGAUAGAAUUAUAAAAACUUCUAGUAUUAUUCCUUAUAAUGAAGCAAUGAAUUUACUUACAGAGCCAUACGAUACAAUUUUUUUGCUUCAAGAUCUAAUAAGCAAUGCUGAUGUUACAAGUGUUUUAGACAAUGAAGAUAUUUAUAACUUGUGUCACAAGAAAAUGAAGAUAUAUAAGCCCACAUGGGGAGAUAUAAACAAUAUAAUAGUACAAGUACUUAGCGGGGAAUCUUUAUCUUUCAGAUUUCCUACUGACUUAUGCUCAGAUUUAAGAAAAUUUGCAUUGAAUUUGGUCCCUUAUCAAAAUUUGCAUUUUUUAAGUCAUGCUAUGUGCCGCUUUUUCCUCGAGGUGCAUGCUUUUGCUAUUUUAAUAUACAAUCCACUGAAAGGCUGACCCAAAAUUUAUUCAACAGAGCAUAUCAUCUGCAUGACCCUGAUCCAAAUUCUAGAUUUGGCCUAA